UUUCUUCAGGCGAGCGCUGACUACGAACGGGAUCCAAGAGGCCAACGCUGCAGCCCGGUUUCAGGAUCCACCAGCCCUCACCAUCAGGAUGGGCUGUACAACAGGCCACCUGGCUUGCCAAACCCAGCCCCAGACCACCUCGGGGGAGGAGGGUCAGUCCCUGGAGGCUGGUGGUGCCAAGGUGCCUGAGGUGCUCUCCUCUCUGGAGCGUCUGUCGCAGGCCACCGGAGGCAUGGAGAAGUCCUGGUACCGCUGCAUCUUCCCCUUUGGAAUCAUCUCUUUGGUGAUCGGUGUAGCAGGAACAGGUGUGACCUACACCUAUAACGACCUGCCACAGACUAAAGUGGUGUCAGUGGUGCUACUUGUCAUGGGUCUUUUGCUGUUGCUGAUGGCCACUGCCUGUUGGACUGUCCACAAGAAGAAGAGAAGGAAAAAGAAAGAGGGAGGUUCGUUCACCUCUGAGCAGUGUCCCCUGUGAAGCACAUGGGGAAAACAGUGAUAGGACCUCGAUAGCAGAGACAUACCCAGGGCUGGGAGCUCAGAGGUUGGCUACGAAGCUGCCACUUCACCUCCUCUCAGCGCCAAAUCCCCUCUAUUCUUUUUCACAGAGUUUGGCUCAGUUCACACUAGAGAGAACUUGGGCUGAGAAAUCAUAGAGAGUGGAAGGACAGAUAGACGAGACACUGAGGAUCUGUUUAGUCUGUAAGGUUUGGACCAUUUCGGAUUGGCAAGGAAGGAUCGCCAGUGCCUCACACGUUCUUUUAUCAUCAGACAGCAGGUGUCCAGUGUCAAAACAAGUUCAGAGGAGACACACAAAUAUGCAUUGCAUACUGCGUGCAUAUUUACAUGGCCCUCGCAGUCCUCACUUACAUAUGCACUAGGAGUAACAGAGGGAGCUCGCGCAGACACCUAACACGCUAUGCAGAGCUGCUGCUGGAGUCAAUGCUGGCGUCACUAGACACGUCAGUCACAGCAUUCUUCCUGCCAGGACAGGUGACUCUCCAAGAGGCCAGAAGUGGGCCAAAGACAGCAACCUGAUACCCGGCCGAAAGAGCAGUUCACCCGCGUCAGCGGCCAGCGUCAUUCACUCGUCCUGUGACACCGCAGCAAUGUGUUGGGGGCUUUUUUUACGCAACGGGAGAGUGGAACUUGAGUCCAGCAGGAUCUUACUGGCAUCUGUGUGGACGAUGAACUGGAGAGGGCAGAGGACCUGCAGGGGAAGUGGAAGGUGUUUGUGUGCGCUCAAAUAAAAAUUCUGGUGAACUGAGAGACUGUUGGACCUUGGACCUCACUCCUAAGGAAUAAAAUAUUUGCACAUAUGACCAUGUCCAUGCCAAGCAAGAGAAACUUUAAGUAAAGCAGCAUACUCCGAAGGGCCUUUUGUAGCUUCGGCUUCACAUUACAAAGGAGUGGGGCACUGACUUUCUGACUGACUGAUUGCCCUCCUGUCAAUAUGCGAGCAUUUACGCCCAGCCUAGCGUCUUUGUAGGGCACCUCAACUCCACAGGCCAGGAUUAUUGAAGGACACUGCCUGAGGGGACAUGCCACUGCAGGGACACUUUGACUGAUCCUGCUCCCCUACAGCCCCUCCCGCUUGGUGCCUUGAGCAAGCACUCAUGGAAAAAGGCUCUGUUGCAUUCCCCCGUUUCCAUUUGAACCCCUGAGAAUUUCCACCCUUGUUCUCUCUCUCCUUUUACCCCAACAGUACCGUCCUCAUCCAUCCCAUAUCCAUCCUGCAUCCCCAGUUUCUGACUUGGUCCCACUCCCAUUCCCCAUUGUCAUAUAGCCCAGGGGGGA